AAAAAAAAUUCAAGUUGCCUUAGAUCAUCAUUGUCAUAUAUACCUCAAGUCAUCAUCAAUCAAUCAAUCAAUAAUGUCCAAUAAUCCUUCAGCCAGUUCAUCAUCUCCUGGUGCUUUAAUUGGUGGUCCGCCACCACAAUCAGCAGCACAAUCCAAAAGUUUUCAAAAAACACUCAAAGGAAUUGUUGCAGGCGGUAUAACCGGUGGAAUUGAAAUUUGUAUAACAUUCCCGACAGAAUAUGUUAAAACACAGCUACAAUUGGAUGAAAGAAGUGCCAAACCACGUUAUAAUGGUAUUGCCGAUGUUGUUCGACAAACCGUACGUUCACAUGGAUUUUUUGGUCUUUAUCGUGGUCUUAGUGUAUUGGUUUAUGGAUCCAUUCCAAAAUCUGCCGUUAGAUUUGGCGCGUUUGAAGAAUUCAAAAAACGAAGUGUUGAUGAAAGAGGCAAUUUGUCAAUAUCGAAUCGAUUACUUUGUGGUUUAGGUGCCGGUGUUUGUGAAGCAAUCUUUGCCGUCACUCCAAUGGAAACUGUCAAAGUAAAAUUCAUUAAUGACCAAAAUAGUACGAAUCCAAGAUUUCGUGGUUUUUUCCAUGGUGUGCGUGAAAUUGUUAAACAAGAAGGAAUUCGUGGAACAUAUCAAGGUUUGACGGCAACAAUAAUGAAACAAGGAUCCAAUCAGGCGAUACGUUUUGUCAUGGAAACAUUGAAAGAUUGGUAUCGUGGUGGUGAUCCAAAUAAAAAAGUAAAUAAACUUGUAACCGGUGUAUUUGGUGCAUUUGCUGGUGCAGCAUCCGUAUUUGGUAAUACACCAAUCGAUGUAGUCAAAACACGUAUGCAAGGUCUUGAAGCAAAAAAAUAUAAAGGAACUGUCGAUUGUUUUAUGCAGAUUGCCAAAAAUGAAGGUUUCUUUGCAUUCUAUAAGGGAACAGUACCACGUUUAGGACGUGUUUGUCUUGAUGUCGCUAUUACAUUCAUGAUAUAUGAUAGUUUUAUGGAAUUAUUCAAUACAAUCUGGAAGACACCUUAAUGACAACAGAUGAUGAAAAAAUAUAUAUUUAUUAUGUCGAUUCGACCGAUCAACAUUAUCAUCAUUUUUUUCAUAGAGAAUUUUUGAAUGUAUGUGUAUUGAGAACCAAUAUAUUGCUAUUGAUUUUUGCAACCAAA